GAGAGUGGGACCCGCGAAAAGGAGGAGGAGCGGCUGGUCCGCUGCGCCCCGCGGGUCGAGAAGGUCGUCGGCAGGGACCGUGGCGCUGUGAGUGCCGAGCGCGGCCCCGACCGGGACCCCGACCUCCGACCUCUGACCCCUGACCUGCCCUUCGUGCAGAGCCGAGGGCGGUGGCCCAGCCCCACACCUUUCCCGACCGGGCCGGGUGCAGCCCGGUGUCCUGCGCCCCAAACGGGCUACGUGCGGCCGUCGGGCCUGGGGGUGACUGGGCCCGGCCCCUGCGCGCCCUGCUUACAGCCAGGCCCGGACCCGCAGCCCUCGGCCCGCGCUUUCCCACGCCUUCCCGCGCUUUCCCACGCUUUCCCGCGCCUUCCCACGCCCGGGGCCCGACACGCCUGGCGCCAUCCUCGGGGGCGGAGCCGGCCGCGUACCCGGCCUCCCCCUAGUUCGAGGCCAGGGUCUCCCCCUUCCCGGUCCUGACAACCGCACAUGUCCCCAGAUGCCAGGUGAGGGUUUGUGUUUCCUGGGGUCGGGAUGGCCGCCGGUGAGAACCACCCUCCGAGCCCCUUGGGGGCGAGGGGCAGGGACGGAGAGUGCGCUCGGGGUGUCCAGGGCUCAGCGCGGGCUGGGUGGGGAGAGUCGUGCUCAGAGGCCACGAGGUUGCGGCUCUGCCUGAAGUCCAGGCCCGGGAGCGCCGCAGUCCAGGGCGAACACCCGCAUUUGGCCCCAAGCUCAGCCCCUGCCCGCUGCUGAGAGAGGCCCGAGCCCUGUCCUUCAUCCCCGGAAGCCAGCGGGAGCCCUACGUCCAGCGGCCACGGUAGAAAGAAGAAAAGAAAUGGGUGGUAGUGGCUGGGCGUGGUGGCUCAAGCCUGUAUUCCCAGCACUUUGGGAGGCCGAGGCGAGUGGAUCACGAGGUCAAGAGAUCGAGACCAUCCUGGUCAACAUGGUGAAACCCCGUCUCUACUAAAAAUACAAAAAUUAGCUGGGCAUGGUGGCGCGUGCCUGUAAUCCCAGCUACUCGGGAGACUGAGGCAGGAGAAUUGCCUGAACCCAGGAGGCGGAAGUUGCGGUGAGCCGAGAUGGCGCCAUUGCACUCCAGCCUGGGUAACAAGAGGGAGACUCUAUCUCAAAAAAAAGAAAAGAAAUGGUUGGUAGUAAGUAAAAUAAAUCAUAUCAAACAUAAAACAAAGCCGGGCGCGGUGGCUCACGCCUGUUAUCCCAGCACUUUGGGAGGCCCUGGUGGGCAGAUCACCUGUAGUCAGGAGUUCAAGACCAGCCGGGCCAACAUGGUGAAACCCCGUCUCUACUAAAAAUGCAAAAAUUAGCUGGGCACGGUGGCGCGUGCCUGUAAUCCCAGCUACUCAGGAGGCUGAGGCAGGAGAAUUGCUUGAACCCAGGAGGUAGAGGUUGCAGUGAUGUUCAGGUCCGGCACGUCUGCCAGAGGACCACCGACCUGCAGGAGUCCCCGAGACCGCCAACGUAGAUGUCUCGUUCAACCUGAGGGAGAGAGUGCGAGGAAGUGAAAGAAAAGAGAAAAGCGGAGUCUGGAGGGCUGGCUUAGGCUAUGUCCAAGCAGCAGUUUUAUUUUUGCAAUAUGUUUCCUUAUAUACUUUUCUGAAGUCAAAGUUGUUUACGCCAGAUCAACGUACUUAAGUUACAAUAAGCAAGUUACGCCCACUAAGUUACGCCCAGUAAGUAGGUUACUUUCAGUAAGUAGGUUAUGCCCAAUAGGUCAAGGUAAGCAAGUUACAGUUACACCCAGUAAGUUACGGUAAGUAAGUUACCAAGUGUAAAUACUUAAGUUAAUAUUUUACAAUGAAGGUAGUAAGGGUCCAAAAUGAACACAAUCAAGCAAUAAACCAUAAGGAGCCGAAAGUGGUCACAAUGCCUCCCAAGUCCUCAUAUCCAUACAGUAAGGUCUGUUAAUUAUUUUGAAUAACAUAUAGUUCCUCUCUCGGUUUCUGCUUUCCCUCAGCUCAACUCCCCCAACCAGGGAUCUGUGUCUGGGCUCAAGCUCACCGUAUGGCGAGGCCCAUUUCCUAGGGGCCUCACAUGGGAGCGAUCCCCACAGAUUCCCUCACAGUGAGCCGACAUUGUGCCAUUGCACUCCAGCCUAGCGCCUGGUGACAGUGAGACUCUGUCUCAAAAAAAAAAAAUAAAACCAGAUUUCAGGGGGUGCAGUGCAGAACCGCAGAGAGGAUGGAGGCCCCAGCCCAGGUGUCUUAGAUUUCAGGAGGGGGCCCCCAUGGAGCAUGGAGCCAUGGAGAGGAUGGAGGCCCUGGACUGGGGGUCUUAGGGCCCUCCUGCUGAGGGGAGUCACUUCUUCCAGUUCUAGGCACAGCUCUGCCCUCAGACGCUUCCCAUUCAUGGGGAGCCAGAUAGGAAGCCGCCAGCAGGUGUCCUGGUGCUGAGUAGGAAGGUCCAGCAGGAUGGGAGGCCAUAGAGUGGGGCCCUCUUCUCCACCCCGGGCCGUCCAGGGUGGCCCUGGAGAUCUGAAGCGUUCAGGGCAGGCCCUCAGAGGAGCCCUGUGUCGGGAAGGUGCUGAGGCCCCAAGGCUGGGAGUCAGAUGAGCCCUGGGCCCUGGCGGGAAUGCAGCAGGCAAGCCGAGUGCCGGUGAAGGCGCUGAGACAGGAGGUGGAGUGGGGCUGCGGGGGCUGGCCUGGAAGGGCUGACAGCUCCUUACAGCGUUCCUCGGGACGCUGGGGGCUCCCUGGAAGAGAUAGCAACUGAGGUUUCAAGGUGAAGCAACAGGGACGGAGAAGAAGCCGUUCCUUCUCUGUGCCUCAGUUUCCCCGGAGAGGAUUUGGCUGUGUGUCAGGAUCCCAGGUCCACCAGGGCCCCACGUGUGUGGAUGGCUUGUCCUGCUCCAUUCCUUGCACCUUCCCAUGGCCUGCUGGAUGUCAGCACUGGGUGGCCAGUGGGGGCUCUGGAAAAGCUCACCAGGCACCAUCCUCAUCUAGUCAGGUGUGCAGGCUCCGUCAGGAGAAACAGCCUGGAGCGGGCAGGAAGUGUGGGUCCCUCGUGGCCCAGCACGCCUUAUGGAGGAGGCGUCUGCAUCGGCUCCCACGUUCACCCCCAUGUGGGCCCAAUAGCCUCUCAGCACAGACCCCAGGGGUCCGGGGGCCACCGGGUGUCAGGCAGGAGUUCCCAGGCCUGGACGGCAGACGCAAAGGCCCUGAAGCCGGGACAGACGCACUGGCACCAUGACGACGACCUCAGCUCCUCUCGGGGUGGCAGGAGCUCCAGGGGGCCUUGGGCAGACCCUCGGGCUCCCACAUCAGGGGCUGGUGGAGAAGCCACUCUGAAUCCUGCCCAGGGCCUCGGCGGGGCCAGGAACGGAACACACGUGACCCCUCGGCCUCUGCCCUGCUGUGUCUGCAGACCCCCACGCUUCCCGACGCCCCACCGAGCCCUCUCCACACACUGCAGGUCGCCCAGGGCCUGGGGUCCCAGCAUGCACCACACCAUGGGGGCAUCUUGCUGGAAUUUUCUGCCUCCAGGCUGUGCUGCAGGGGAUGGGUGGGGAUUUGGGGGCCCAGGGGGAGCCCAUCCCUGGCCAGCAGUUUGUGGAACCCGCCCAGGAGCUGCUGUCAAAGCCACCCAGUUUAUCGGCACACCAGCCUCUGCCAUAAAGCGGGGGAAACUGAGGCCCAGGGAGGGUGGCCAGGGAGUGCCGGAGCCAGUCUGGGCAUCGCUGACCCCACUCCCUCCCAGCCAGCAGGACAGGAGCUCCAGAAGGGCUAGGUAAGGGGCUGCGCUGGUGAGCGUGGGGAGGAGGAGAGCCCGGAGCCCUGACCCGGAGAUGAGGGGAUGUGGCUUCUGUUACGGGGCCCGGGACCCACAGAGCCCUGCACAGGACGCCUUCCUCAGGCCACCAACCCGGAGUCGGGGCGCUGCUGCGUCUGCACCCACACAGAGGGCGAGUCUAGCGCUGGUCCAGGGCCCACACCGCCCGCCACAGCCCCUUCCUGGCCACCCCCUCACACUCUGGCCCCGCACCUGGGACCCUGGAGUACUGAGGCCAGGGACGGCCACCGGUCAUCUCAUUCUCUGGAGAGGCUGAGUGGCUCCUGGAGGAAGCAAACCCACAGAGUGUAGUGGACGGGAUCCAGCCAGGGUGGGGGCGACAGAGCUGUUGUUGCUCCGUGGGUGCAGCAGAACUGAGACCGUUCUUUUUGGUUUUUUUUUUCUGGAGACGGAGCCUCGCUCUGUCGCCCAGGCUGGAGUGCAGCGGCACAGUCUCGGCUCACUGCAACCUCCGCCUCUCAGGUUCAAGUGAUUCUCCUGUCCCUGCCUCCACACCCGGCUCAUUUUUGUGUUUUUAGUAAAGACGGGGUUUCACCGUGUUGGCCACGAUGGUCUCAACUCCCGACCUCGUGAUCCGUGAGGGCUGGGACGGUUCUGCAGACAGCGGGAGGCGUGGACCCCCCCCCCGGGCGAUGCUGAAGCCCACUCGGGAGCCUGCCGGCCGCACCGUUUCCCUUCGGUGCUCGUACUGAGUGAAAUGAAACUGCCCUGUGGAGUGAAGGCCCGCCCUGGUCCCAGUACCCUGUCCCUGCUUUCACACACGGAGCUGCGGUGGAAUUGGACUCGCCUGCAAUGCCUUAGAGCCGAGCCCAGCUGGAAAACAGGGUUAUUUUCGUUUUUGUUUUUUGGGACAGCGCCUCACUCACCCUGUCGCCCAGGCUGGAGUGCAAUGGCGCGAUCUUGACUCACUGCAGCCUCCGCCUCCCGGGUUCAACCGAUUCUCCAGUCUCAGCCUCCCGAGUAGCUGGGCGUGCACCACCAUGCCCGGCCAAUUUUUCUAUUUUUAGUAGAAAUGGGGUUUCACCAUGUUGGCCAGGCUGGUCUCGAACUCAUGAUCCACCAGCCUCGGCCUCCCAAAGUGCUGGGAUUACAGGGGUGAGCUGCCAUGCCCGGCAAGGCAGGGCUUGUUAAGAAACAGUUCAGUGCCUUUUACAGUGUUCACGACGUGGCAGUGCCAGCUCUCUAGUCUCAAACCCCAUGAGUGCAGUUCAUAGACAGUUCAGUGUCUUUCAAUGUCAUGCUCGGGUGGCUUGUGCCCCUCUAGGCUCCUGCACCUUUGGGAGAGGCCUGUGCCGCUCCUGGCUUGGCCCCCGUCUUCGAAGCAGCUAGAGUGGCCCUUUAACCCGUGAGAAGGGGCUGUGGAAGCUGGGGUAAGCCUGGAGAUGCCCCGGAAACACCAAGGCAUCCGAGCGCAUGGAAGGACUGCAAGCCCCACCUCUCCCUGGGCAGAGCCAGCCCCAAGCCGGCUCUCACCAUCUUGCCUCUUGCCCCAUGGAUGCCCAGACCCCUCCUAUCGGCUCAGGUGGGGCUGCCCUAGAGACCACCACACCAGCAUCACCCCCUGGGGAGCCAUGUCCAGUUUCCUGGUCCCUGGGGGUUGCUAGGGACCAAGCACUUGGCCCCAGCCCCUCACCAGGCAGUCACAGACCCCAGGGAGGCCAGUCAGCCCUGCCGAGGCCCAGGGCAUGAUCACCUCGGCCAGCCUGCAGGGAGGGUCUCGACUCGCACAAAACCCACUAUGGGAGCCAGACCCACCCCCAGCGCAGGUGUGAUGGCUAAAACACCACAUGUGCACACAUGCACGCACAUACAUGCAGACACAUGCAUACAUAUAUGCACACACAUGUGUAUGUGCACAUGCAUUAUAUAUUCACACAUGCACGCACAUACAUGCAGACACACAUGCACACACAUGCAUGCACACAAGCACGCACCUGGUUACCUACUGAACACCCCCCACACACAGCCUCGAUCAGUCUCAUUCCUCCCCCACUCCCCUUGAAACCCUCAGGUCUGGGGUCCUUGGACUGGGUUCAAGCCUUGCCCAACAAGGCCCUGCCCUAAUGGGGGUCUUCACUUUAAAGAAAACCAUGAAGACCCCAAAACUGACCUGUGGGUGGGAGCCAGGAGGGCCAGCUGGGCCAAGAAGGGUCUGUCAGGGCCUGGGGGCGUGCUCAGUCCUGGACACCAGCGCCCCCACGGCCCCUUCCCUCAGGGCCACAUCAUCUGGAGCACCCCCUCAGCUGCUGUGGACAGGAAGGCCAGGAUGUGGGGUCUGGGGCUGGUGGGACGGCUGGGACCCUCCAUGGGAAGGGGGCUUCCUGCUGGAGGCUGCUGAGGACAAUGCCGGGAAGGGGAGCAAUGUUGGGGGCGGUCUCAAGUCUCCCCAGGACAGAAGGGGGUCCCCAUGGCUGUGGAAGAUGCUGUGCAGUCCCUGCUGGCAGUGGCCUUGCUGUGAGACUAGGACUGAGGCGCCAGGGGUCUUGCAGUCCUCCCAGACCCUCAGGCCUCUGUCCUACCUCUGACUCUCCAUCCCUGUGUCUCUGCCUUGUCUCUUCCUCACUCUGUCUCUGUGUGUCUCCCUCAGUCCCGCCUUCCCCACCUUUGCCCCUUUGUACCCGCGGGUCCCUCUGCCUCUGGGAACCCUAACCCUCCUUCCUGUAUCCACCCACCCGCCCUGUCCUGUGGGACACCCCAGCCGUGUUGUGUCCCUGCCCCCCCCGAGCCUGUGGAUGUGAGGACUCGGCACUCGGGGAGUGUGAGCAGCAUGAUCACCACACAUGACCCGGCGAGGCGGGCGCAGAACAGGGCCCAGGAGAGCUGGGCACGCCCAGCGGCCCCUCCCCACCUGCAGGAAGUGGGGUCAGGGGCUGGGAAGCCGCCCAUUCACCAGGCCCACUGCCCCCCGCCCGGGUUAAGGGCCCAGCUUCCCGGGAAGGGCCUGCACCUCCGGCUGGGGAGGGCUGCUCCUUGGAGUCCACCUUCCGGUGAGGCCUUUCCCGGCACUGGCCUGGGCAGGAGGGGGAGGGGACCCACGGAGACAUGGCUGUGAGCUCACACACCUGGGCCCUCACCACGCCGAGAGGCCUGUUUCCCCACCCUGAGCCUCAGUUUCCCUCCUCUGCACCUAACACCUCCUUUGGGCCUCAGUUUCCCUCCUCUGAGUGUCAGUUUCCCUCUUCUGAUCCCAGCCCCUCCCCUGGGCCUCAGUUUCCCUCCUCUGAUCCCAGCACUUCUGCUGGGCUUCAGUUUCCCUCCUCUGGACUCAGUUUCCCUCCUCUAGUCCCAGCCCCUACCCUGGGCCUCAGUUUCACUCUUCUGGUCCUAGCCCCUCCCCUGGGCCUCAGUUUCCCUCCUCUGAGUGUCAGUUUCCCUCUUCUGAUCCCAGCCCCUCCCCUGGGCCUCAGUUUCCCUUCUCUGAGCCUUAGUUUCCCUCUUCUGGUCCCUGACACUUCCCUGGGCCUCUGUUUCCCUCCUCUGGUCCCAACCCCUACCCUGGGUCUCAGUUUCCCUCCUCUGAUCCCAGCCCCUCCGCAGGGCCUCAGUUUCCCUCCUCUGGUCCCAACCCCUACCCUGGGCCUCAGUUUCCCUCCUCUGAUCCCAGCCCCUUCUCUGGGCCUCAGUUUCCCUCCUCUGACAGUUAAGGCAACUGGCAAUGCUUAGAACCCCAUGGACUGGCUGCUCCUUUUUAUUCCAUGGCCAGGGAAACUGAGGCACAGACAGGCACACGCUGAGGUCAGCAGGACUCUUCAUUACUUUAUUCCUGUGUGGCUGCAGUGCAUGAGGUCAGGGGAAUCACAGGGACAGGCCCCAGGUGGAGGGGAGCUGGGCAUCACCACUGCCACCACAGGCCCUCAUUGAGCUUGGAGGAGUGUCCUCAGAACCACAGCGAGGGUGGGGGCAGAACCUGGGUAAGGUGAGGAGCAGCUCGUGUGGAGGCCCUGGGAGGGCCCCGGGGGGGUGCAGGGCUCCCCAGUCCAGGACCUUAGGGGUGUCAGCAUGCCCAGGGGGGGCAAGCAGGCCAGGAAGGGAAACAGAACCAGUGUGGGGGUCUUGGAGGAGCAGGUGGGUGGAUUCCAGUGCGUUUGGAAGGUUAGGUUCUCAGGGCUCUGGCAAUAUGGCAGCUGUGAGUUGGGACCCAGCCCUCCGCCCUUCCGGAUUUCUCUGUGGACCCAGAUCCAGGUCUCCAUGUAGGAACAGAGGCAGCCCCCACUCAGGCUCCCGGUCUCUGCCAGGCCUGCUAAGUGGGCAGUCCCCACCUGUAUGAUGGAGGGAAACCAGGCUCAGAGAUGAGGUGACCUGUCCCAGGUCCUGGAGGGUCUCACAGCUCCCCGACGGCCAGGAGCCUCCAGCCCAGGGGACUCCAUCCCCAGCAACCUUCACCCGACCCCAGGGGACCCCAGCCCAGGGGCCUCCAUCCUCAGCGACCUUCAGGGGACCCCAGUCCAGGGGCCUCCAUCCUCAGCGACCUUCACACGACCCCAGGGGACCCCAGCCCAGGGGCCUCCAUCCCCAGCGACCUUCACACGACCCCAGGGGACCCCAGCCCAGGGGCCUCCAUCCUCAGCGACCUUCACCCCACCCCAGGGGACCCCAGCCCUGCAGCUCGGAGCUGGACGAGCUGCUCUCUGCCGCCCCCGCGCGGCCUCCCGGGAAAGGGCAGGCGGACCUGCCGUCGCGGGGCUGGGGGGGGCAGCCCGGCCUCUGCCCCACUUCCCUGCACUUGACUUCGACCCUCCGGCCUCUGUCUGCGAUCUUCCGCCCCUGAAAACGGGGCCUGGCUCGGACCCAGACCUUCCUGCCCGCCCGUCCUGACGCCCCGGGGCCCCCACCCCGUCUUUGGCCCCCAGCCCCUGCCUCUCUGCCGCCUCCAGGGUCGGGGGUCAGGCCGGGAAAGCCCCUCGGGAAGCCCCCGGGGAGCAGCGGGAGGGGGACCGAGGAGCUGGGUCGCGGGGCGGCGGGAAGGAGCGGGCGCCGCUAUUUAAGCCGCUUCCCCGCGGCCGGGGACAGAGGGGACCGAGCAUGGAUCGGGGCCUGGGCCUCCUGCUGGCGGGGCUUCUGGGGCUCCUCCCGCCAGGCCACGCGCAGCCCCUCCAGGUGGAGCCCCCGGAGCCGGCGGUGGCCGUGGCCCUGGGCGCGUCGCUGCAGCUCACCUGCCGCCUGGACUGCGCGGGCCGCGGGGCCGCGGUGCAGUGGCGGGGCCUGGACACCAGCCUGGGCGCGGUGCAGUCGGACGCGGGCCGCAGCGUCCUCACCGUGAGCAACGCCUCGCUGUCGGCGGCCGGGACCCGCGUGUGCGUGGGCUCCUGCGGGGGCCUCACCUUCCAGCACACCGUGCGGCUCCUCGUGUUCGCCUUCCCGGACCAGCUGACCGUCUCCCCGGCAGCCCUGGGGCCUGCUGACCAGGAGGUGGCCUGCACCGCCCACAAGGUCACACCCGCGGACCCCAACACUCUCUCCUUCUCCCUGCUCCUGGGGGGCCGGGAGCUGGAGGGGGCGGAGGCCCUGGACCUGGAGGUGGAGGAGGAGGAGUCACAAGAGGACGAGGACAUGCUGUUCAGGGUGACCGGGCGCUGGCGGCUGCCGCCCCUGGGGACCCCUGCCCCACCCGCCCUCCACUGCCAGGCCACGAUGAGGCUGCCCGGUUUGGAGCUCAGCCACCGCCAGGCCAUCCCUGUCCUGCGAAGCCCAGCCUCCCUGGAGCCUCCCGACACGACCUCCCUGGAGCCCCACAACACGACCGCCCCGGAGCCCCCUGUCACAGCCUUCUCAGAGGCCCCUGACACGACCUCCCCGGAGCCCCCCAUCAUGACCUCCCCGGAGGCCCCCAUCAUGACCUCCCCGGAGCCCCCCGUCAUGACCUCCCCGGAGGCCCCCAUCGUGACCUCCCCGGAGCCCCCCGUCGUGACCUCCCUGGAGCCCCCCGUCAUGACCUCCCUGGAGCCUCCUGUCAUAACCUCCCCGGAGCCCCCCGUCAUGACCUCCCAGGAGACCGUCUCCCAACAGGGCCCCACACUCAGCCCCAGGAGCCUGGCCUCCACCAGGACUUGCCGCCCUGCAGUCUCCCAGGCGGCACCCACACAGGGAGAAGUGACCCCAACAAGCUCGCACAACCCUGCGGGUGAUCAGCUGUCCGUGGCUCUGUGGACCAGCAGCGCGGUGCUGGGGCUGCUGCUCCUGGCCUUGCCCACCUAUCGCCUCUGGAAACGCUGCCGGCACCUGGCUGAGGAUGGAGCCCACCCACCAGCAUCUCUGAGGCUCCUGCCCCGGGUGUCGGCCUGGGCUGGGUUAAGGGGUACGGACCAGGUUGGGAGCAGCCCUUCCUGAGUGGCCAGCCCUUCCCCCUGCGAAAGAAAAAUCGCCCUUUCAAGCUGGAAACUGCUCAGGGAAAACCUGUUCGAUUCCAAGUCGUCCCUCCCUCUGAGACAGAUGUGUAUUCUGGUUGCCUCCUUCGCAGUGGCUCGUCGGUAACUCAAAAGAAAGCAACCGUUUGUCUCCCCUACCUGUGACCUGGAAGCCCCUCCCUGUUCGCGUGGUCCCCACCUUUCCGGAACGGACCUACCUACUUCUUUAUACUCACAUGGAUGCCUUCUGUUUCCCUCAAGUGCAUAAAACCAAGCUGUGCCCGACAACCCUGGGCACCUGUCGGCAGCACUGCCCGAGGCUGCGUCACGGGUGCGCGUCCUUCACUCUGGCAAAUACACCUCCUAAAAUGA